UCUGUCUCCUAGCUCAACUGCUAUAAAAUAGUGCCCUCACUUCACUGGUAAAUCCCUGUCUUGCUUGCCUGCCACAGAGCUUCCUGUCAAUGUCAAUGGAGCCUCUCAAGAAUCAGACGCUUCCUCUCACUCACAAACCCUCUCGUAUGACCACCAGAGGACUCUACGCUGCUCUCUCUUACAUGGCCUCUGCCGUUCUUUUGGUCAUGUUCAACAAAGCAGCCCUCUCUUCUUAUAAUUUUCCGAGUGCAAGUGUCAUCACAUUUUUGCAGCUGGUUUGUUCAUGUUUGAUUCUCUAUGCGAUGAGAUGCUGGAAGUUAAUUUCUUUCACAGAGAGCGAACUGCAGAGCAGUUCUAACAACCCAACAACUUUUGUGUCCCUUGGGACAUUAGCUCAAACCCUUCCUCUUGCGCUAACAUAUUUACUGUACAUGAUUGUAACCAUGGAAUCUGUGCGUGGCAUAAAUGUUCCCAUGUACACCACACUGAGGCGAACUACUGUGGCCUUUACAAUGAUUGUGGAGUAUUUUCUCACGGGGCAGAGGCAUUCACGUUUUGUUAUUUGCAGUGUAGGGAUAAUUAUAGCUGGUGCAUUCGUUGCUGGAGCUCGGGACUUGGCAUUUGAUGCGUAUUCCUAUUCAGUUGUUUUCCUAGCAAACAUCUGUACAGCAGUAUAUCUUUCUUCUAUUUCUCGUAUUGGUAAAUCCAGUGGCCUUAAUACAUUUGGUCUUAUGUGGUGUAAUGGUGUGAUUUGUGGACCAAUCUUAUUGAUCUGGUCAUCAAUUAGAGGAGAUCUGCAAACGACAUUGAACUUCCCUUAUUUGUAUGACCAUGGAUUUCAGGCUGUAAUGCUUCUUUCUUGUUUUUUGGCUUUCUUAAUCAACUACUUUGUUUUUUUAAAUACAACUCUCAAUUCAGCACUUACGCAGACAAUUUGUGGCAAUUUGAAGGAUCUUUUUACAAUUGGGUUUGGCUGGCUCAUAUUUGGAGGACUUCCGUUUGAUUUGUUAAAUGUUGUUGGCCAAUCACUUGGUUUCCUCGGGUCCGGUUUGUACGCCUUCUGUAAACUCAAAGGAAUAUGAAGACGACCACAGGCUACCUCUGUUGUCCAGACACAAACAAAAAAGACAAAAUUGUCUAUUAUUGGAUAAAAUAAAAUGCAGUUACUUGUGAGCAGAAAUUUGGCCCAAAAAAAAUUGUGUGUUGAAAUUGUUUUUUCCAUACGAAGUUUGUUUAUUUAUAUAUUUCAAAUUUUAUUAAAACAAUAUUUCGACUUGUAAUAUUUUUAAUAAAAUUUAAAGUAUG